CACCGGGAACCGAGUGAGGAAGUGUACAGACUACAGAGCGCAGGGCGCCGCGCUCCCCUCAGUCCUGUCCGCGAUCCCCGAGCCCAGCGCCGCGUACACCCGGCUCCUCACCGCCCCGGCCCAUGACACAUCAGGAUGUCCCCGCGUGCCGGACCAGCUGGCCUCCGCCGACGCACACGCAGAGCUGUGGACCCUGGGAGAUGAAGGAGCGGCUGGGCACCGGAGGCUUCGGAUACGUCAUUCGCUGGCUCAAUAGUGACACAGGGGAGGAAGUGGCCAUUAAGCAAUGUCGGCAGGAGCUGAGCCCCAAGAAUCGAGAGAGAUGGUGCCUGGAAAUUCAGAUCAUGAAGAAAUUAAAUCACAAGAACGUGGUGUCAGCCCGGGAGGUGCCAGAGGGGCUGCAGAAGCUGGCACCUAAUGAUCUUCCUCUGCUGGCUAUGGAGUUCUGCCUGGGAGGUGACCUACGGAAGCACUUAAAUCACUAUGAAAAUUGCUGUGGACUGAAGGAAGGGCCCAUCCUGAGCCUGCUGUCUGACAUCUCUUCCGCUCUUCGUUAUCUCCAUGAAAAUCGGAUCAUCCACCGGGACUUAAAACCGGAGAACAUCGUCUUACAGCAGGAGGAGCACAGGUUCAUCCAUAAGAUCAUUGAUCUGGGAUAUGCCAAGGAGCUGGAUCAGGGCAGUCUCUGCACCUCCUUUGUUGGCACCUUGCAGUACCUGGCCCCGGAAUUACUGGAGCAGCAGAAGUACACAGUGACUGUAGACUACUGGAGUUUUGGCACGUUGGCCUUCGAGUGUAUAACAGGAUUUCGGCCUUUUCUUCCUAACUGGCAGCCUGUGCAGUGGCACAAUAAGGUCCGUGAGAAGAGCAACGAGCACAUCGUGGUGUAUGAAGACCUCUCGGGAGCCGUGAGGUUCGCCAGUGUUUUGCCAAUGCCUAAUCACCUCAGUGGGAUCUUGUCUAGUAAAUUAGAGCGCUGGCUACGGUGCAUGCUGAUGUGGCACCCGCGACAAAGGGGUACAGAUCCCCAAAAUCCAGAAAUUGGCUGCUUUCAGGCACUGGACUCCAUUCUUAGCCUCAAGCUGUUGUCCGUGCUGAAUAUGGUGUCCGGCCAUGUGCACACGUACCCUGUGACAGAAGGGGAGAACCUGCAGUCUCUGAAGAGUCGCCUGCAGCAGGAUACCGGGAUACCGGAGGAGGAACAGGAGUUACUACAAGCUUCAGGCCUGUCCUUAAAUCCCCUCCAGCCUCUCAUACAAUACGUGUCGGACAACAUGAUAAACGAUAACCGCCAAGUAGAAAGUGACCUUCUGUUUCUCUUUGAUAAUCGGAAAACGGUAUAUGAACCCCAGAUUUCCGUUCGUCCCCACCCUGAAGGUGUUGAAUAUGUGUUGCAGGACCCCAAGCAUCCAUUGCCGUAUCCUCAUCUCCGUAGGGUGUGGGGACAGAUAUGGCAGACAAUACGCACGUUGAGGGAAGACUGUGCCCGGCUGCAGAUGGGACAGCGUGCUACUAUGGUGAACCUGUUGCGGUACAACACUGAACUGUCCAAAAAGAAGAACCUGAUGACCUCUGAGUGUGAGCAGCUAAAGGCCAAGCUGGAUUUCUUCCGAAGUAGCAUCCAGAUCGACCUGGAAAAAUACAGCGAGCAGAUGGAGUUUGGAAUCACCUCUGAAAAGCUGCUGUCAACAUGGAGAGAGAUGGAGCAGGCAGUGAAAGAGUGCGGAAGGGAGCAGGAGGUGCAGCACUUGGUGGAGAAGAUGAUGGCCCUGCAGACAGACAGUGUGGAUUUACAGAGGAACCCCCUGGGCAGGAGAAGUCGGGGGACUCUUGAUGAUAUAGAGGAGCAGGCUAAGGAUCUGUACCGGAGGCUGCGGGAGAGGCCGAGAGAUCAGAGGACAGGAGGCGACAGCCAGGAGAUGGUGCGACUGCUUCUACAGGCCAUUCAGGACUUCGAGAAGAGAGUGGCAUUAAUAUAUGACCAGCUGAGCAAGACGGUCGUGUGCAAAAGGAAAGCCUUGGAGCUUGCUCCGCGUUUAAAGGAAGUCAUGACCCUAAUGAGAGAAGAUGAGAAGAUGGUGGGGAAGAAACAGGAGAAGAGACAGCAGGAGCUGUGGGACCUCCUGAGAAUUGCCUGCAGCAAAGUACGAGGACCUGUGAGUGCCCCACUACUGCCGCAGCCUGCGCCCGUGCCCCCGAGUCUGCCCCAGGAUAACCCAAAGAAGAGUGAAGACCUUCUGUCUGAGCAGCAGAGUCUGUGUGGACAGCUGGAGACGUCCAUGAAGAGUUUAAUGACUGAGCAAGACACCAGUCUAAUGGCUCUAGACUGGUCUUGGCUGACAUCACAAGAAGAGGAGACGCAGGCCUGUCCGAUAACAGCAUGAGCCUAACCUGAGGCAGUGGAGGAUUAGAACGGGAAAACGGUGCCCUUAAGUGCAUAGGGUUUCAUAUUCUGCUGCAUGUGGCCAAAAAUAAAUAAAGCUGUGCUUAUUUCUGUUGAAAGAAAAUGGCUGCCAUAUCGAGAAAUUGUACAGUAACGGUUGGUGUCCUGAUGGCAGGACCGCUAUUGUUUUUACCUAUGGAGCAAUUGGAAACGGGUAUAGUGACACCUACAGGCUGCUAGCAGGUACUGCAAACAAUCCAAUUAUACCUUAAAAUUUGACUUUAUGCCAUAGGCCUAAGAAAGAAGCCAUUUUUAAGCACGUUUGCUCUUUUAUGAGUUUUUUUUUUUUUAAGAGUAUUUUUUUUACUGGUUCAACAAUUCAGAUUAUAAAUAAUAUUUUUUUUGCUUGUUAUGUUAAAAAGACAAAAUGAUCUGUCAUGAAAUAAAUGUAUUUUA